AAAAUUAGGUAUUACUAUUCCGAAUACUGUUCUUAAAUUACCCCCAAAUCUGCUAGCUUUCCUCUUCACCGCGCCAAUCCCUAAUUUCAACACUCUCUUAAACCCCACUAACUUUCGCUUUCUAUAUCCCUAUUCCCAAAUCCCUAAUCCCUCUUCCCAAAUCCCAAAUCCCUAAUCCCUAAUCCCUAAUCCCUAGUCCCUAAUUUCUGUCUGGGUUGUUCUUGUGUUUCUGGGUAUUUAUUUUUUUGAGAAAAACGAACGAGAAGACCCAUUAAUGGCUACAUCACCACCGUCAGCUACAGAUGCUUCUGGAUCUCGACACCAUACUUACAGUAGAAAGCAGAAAUCUUUGGGUCUUUUGUGUUCCAAUUUUUUGACCUUGUACAACAGAGAUGGAGUUGAAUCUGUUGGCCUUGAUGAUGCUGCUAAUAAAUUGGGAGUUGAGAGACGGCGGAUCUAUGAUAUAGUCAAUGUAUUGGAAAGUGUUGGGGUACUUGCUAGAAAGGCAAAAAAUCAAUAUACAUGGAAGGGUUUCGAAGGAAUUCCUAAGGCUCUUGCCGCACUAAAGGAGGAGGGUUUGAGGGAAAAUUUUGGUUCCGGUGGAAGUAGUAGAAUGAAGUUUCAAGUCUUUGAAGACGACGAUGAUGCACAUUCGAAUCCGGACACUGGAAGUCAGCCAGAAGUAACGAACUGCAGUACGAAUUCAAAGCCUGACAAUAGAAGGGAAAAAUCUCUGGGACUACUAACACAGAAUUUCGUCAAGCUCUUCAUAUGCACUAAUGCUGAUCUGAUAUCCUUGGAUGAAGCGGCAAAGAUCCUGCUUGGCGAUGGCCACAACUCAACAGUAAGGCGAAAUAAUGCAGCAAAAGUAAGAAGGUUGUAUGACAUUGCCAAUGUAUUAUCCUCUAUGCAGCUUAUUGAAAAGACUAAUCAAACUGAGUCAAGGAAGCCAGCCUUCAGGUGGUUGGGGCUGCGAGAUCGGAGGGAGAGUACUCAACCAAGUGUAGUACCUACGCCAACGGUGACUAAGAAAAGGGUAUUCGGAACUGAUAUAUCUAACAUCAGUUUCAAAAGGAACAAGACCGAUUUACCUGCCGGACAGGAAGCAAACCUUCAAGUGAAAUUAGAGAAUGUUGAAAGCGAGUUCUAUUCAAUCCACGGCGAACAAAAUCAGAAACCAAGAAGCUACCAAUACGGUCCCUUUGCUCCUGUAACAGUGGCAAAAGCAGGUGUCGUUGAGCAGAAAAACUCGAAGCCAGUCCAUGACAUUGAGAGCCUCACCUCCAGUUAUGCGCCUCAGUAUCACAAUCAAGCUGUGAGAGAUCUGUUUGAUCAUUAUAUGGAAGCAUGGAGAACUUGGUACUCACAAGUAAAUGGGAAGUCAGCUGAGCAGGUUUCUUAACAUCUUUUGUACACUUUUUUUAAAUGUUUCGAUGUAAAUCCAAGUAAUUUAGCAUUGACAAAGAAUUGAAACAAGCUUCUACCACAUUUGGAAUGUAUUCAUCUAUAUUAGUGUAUCUUUUAUCCAUUAAGGGAUGUACAACUGCAGAUGUCAAACAUGGAAAGCAUUUACAGAUGAAUGCAUGCAAUUGGAUUAUUUUACAA